CCCCUCCCCGUAUCUAUAGCAACUGCAGUACACAGACUUCCUUAAGUGCCUGAUAUGGCAGCAUGUGUGCAGAGUGGCAGCCCAGAGAUGUGCAGAAACAACUUUGGUUUGGGUCACACCAAGAUCAAACAAUGUUCCCUCUCCACCACGCUCCAAACAGGAUGGGAAUCCAGCUAGCAGCCAUCAGGGAAAACCGCUUCCUAGGGCCAGGCUGUUACUGGAGCCAGGAGGAAAGCAGCUUCAGAUACUCCUUUGGAACAAAACCACUGAGCAUGAAAGGUUAUGUGAUAGGAGCCCGAACAGCCCAGCGAUUCAUACCAGAGCCACGGACCGUGACUCCCGGACCAGGAACAUACCAGCCAUUCUGGAAUAAAGAGAGAAAACGCCAGCCUAACUAUGCUCCAUUUUCCUCUAAGACACCACGAUUUCCUGAUAAACCUCCAAAUAAAGAACUUUUCCCUGGACCUGGAACUUAUGAUGCAGACAAGCAAUUACACAAAAAGAUCACUUGGCCAAUGAAGUUUGGGUCUCCAGAUUGGUCUUUAGUGCCAAUGCCAGCGAAGAGGAUGCUAAAAACGGAAGUUCAGAAGCUGAUUGCGGACAGAGAAUUCAGGAAGCAUCAGAACCACGUGGCCUACCUGAGUUUAUAUGAGAGCUGAGCAGCACGUUGCAUCCCUGUGCAGCAGAGCCUGCCCAUGGACAUGUCUGCCUGCAAUACUCUGCCACCUCAAAUAAAACCUGUUAAAAGCGGCAUUUCUGGU